GGCCGACUCAUGGCAAGAACCACCCACCUCAAUUUUGAACUACCUUCAGAAGCAGACACCAUCCACGAUGAACUGCAAUCAUGUGGUGCACAUUGUACGCUGCAGACAGUGCAGUGCCCGAAAGAUCUUGCGGCAAGAUUCGUCCCUUAACCUUUGCCAACGACGGAUCGGAUGACCGCUGCUGCUAUCUUUACUAGUCUUGCACUUGAGAUACCAUGGACGCUGAGAAACCUUCAACCCAAGCACUCCGCAGCACAAGCACGGUUCGAGGAUCUGCAAGACUAGACGUCCAAAAGCCGAGAACAAAGAACUCCUGACGACGAGAGGAAUGGCGAACCCAGCACCGUUAUCAUUUGGAAUCGUGGCACGCCGCAAAUGUAUCUGCCACGUCGACUGCCCCCAGGCUGUAAGAAGAGCGGUGCACGCCAUCGGAGAAGUUGCCAUGUUCAGAGAUCGACCCUCGGAACCAGUGCCCUCUUUUUCGACCACCCACGUUCCACGACGCACAGCCACUGGCCCUCGUCCUCCCGGAGCCACGGCCCAGGACACGCCGACCUGGCGGGUUCCGUCGACGAUGGCAAUGCGAUCCCGGCACGCCGAGGGCGAUCUCCACUUCGGCGCAGAGUCGCAGACACCUGUGCGCAGCGACGUGCGGAGGUCUCUCGGCGCUCUCCCACCUCGAUCAUGCCUGAUCCCUGAAGACGCUCACGCACUCGCCCAUCGUGGGCUUCACAGGCCGGCGCCGGGCCACACGACAGCUGUUUCCUCGUCUGCCUCCAACAGUAGACGCAUCCUUCCGGGAUCUUCGCUGUUUCCGCAGUUUAUCUGCGGCUUGAAUGCUGCCGUGGUCAAGUACGGCAGGGCAGCGAAUUGGGCGACAUUGGGGUCAGGUGAAGCCGCAGGAACGACGAUGGUGCCGCUAUCAAGUUACCCGACAACCAUCGUUGACCGUGGAUAUAUAUUCGACACUACGUCGGCAUGCGGAUACAUCCCAUCACUCGUUAGGUCCGAGCUGAUUAUCUCGCUCCGGCUCGACGCUCGUUUCCCUGACCGACCAGCGUGGCGGACCGUCCAGUUCCCGCGCCAGCGCCGUUCGUUGUUAUCCCACGUCGACGGGCAUCGCGUUCGCUUGUCGCCGCCUGGGCCUCCCCCCGGAGCCGGAUCGAUCGAGCAGCUGAAAAGCCUGUCGUGGACCAUCACGAUUUAAGGCACUGGACUUCUUGGAGUUAGGGCCGACACAGAACAUCGUUGUGACGAAGUCGAAAGGAGAAGGAAGGAAGAAGGGCAUCCGAU